AUUCCCAUGGUCGACCGCUGGGGCGACUUCGACGCGGACGAGCUCCUGACUGGCGCAACCACGUUGCAUGGCGGCGUCUUUGGCAUCGAGGCGAUGAUGCAGGCACCGACGCGCCAGAGCCCGCGCAAACACCCGGCGACGACCGGAUCGAUCCACCGCCCGCUGCGCCACCGGCCGGUCCGCGCCGCCACCACGGCCACGCCCCUCAACGACACCAAGAACGUCGUUGUCUGCACGCAACAACUGCUCACAGCUACACCCGCAAUGACCAUGUUUCAGCGCAUUUGCGACACCCACGCGCUGCGAUGCAAGCUCGACAAGCUGUACGCACUGCCGUACCAAGUCGUCCUCGCGACGGCGGGACCCUCCAUCUCCGAGUCCCUCGUCGUGCCCAACGAAGCGUGGACCGCGCUCACACAGCGGAUUGCGCGGCGCUAUAGCUUGAUUGCACUGGACGCGAUCUCGCUCCUCGAGACGCCACCGCGCGUGGGCUACGACGACUUUGUCGCGGCGCUCAAUGCUGUCUUGGGCCAUUUUAUCCUCGACCCAACGAUUGCCGCGUGCUUCGAGGCCGUGACGACGCUCUUUGAUGCGAUUGUCGAUGCGGCAACGCUGCAGUGGCGACCGCUCGAGUCGAUCGCAAUGACGAUGGCGCCGCCGUUGAGCCUCGCCGCGCUUGCUUGCAGCGCGUCGCGCCGAGGAGGCUCCCGCGAGAUGGCCCGCGAAGCAUAUAUGACGCAAGAAGAGAACCUCAAGCGCAAGCUGCGGCUGCGCAAGUACCUCAGCCUUUCAAACCCGCUCGCGACGGUCCAACCUGAUGAAGCCCAUGCGUUCGUGGUGAGUCCGCGGAACCUCCUGCUCGACUCGCGCCAAGGCAGCAGUCAUCGAUCGCACGUCGUGUCGCCGUCCACGCAGUUGCAGCCCAAGCGCGGUCGGCAGCUACCGACGACCAAAGAGGGUGCGAUUGUGUUUGAAAAGGUAGUACCAGGAAGUGGUGACGAGCUGCCGCCGCUGCUCGACCCGAUGGUCCUUGUCUGCGCCGACUGCCUCGUCAACGAAGCGCUCUAUUGGUGCUCGCCAUGCUACUCGAUGUUUUGUAUCACGUGCUGGCCCCACCGCCACCAAGCGGCGCCACCGACGCUCGCACCCGACUCGUUCUCGCAGCAGUGCGCCAUCGUUCAGUCCAAGUCGCUCUCAUCCCUCGGGCCGCCGCUGCCGCUGCUGGGCCAGCGCGCCGUUGUCGCGCACCCUAGUGCGCACGCCAAGCCAAUGAAAUCGAUCCGCCACAAGCCGCUCGCCGCCUCCAGAAGCUGCGUCGAGCUCCGUGUCACGAGUGCAAUCCAGUACCUCCCGCCUGUCGUUUUGCGAGAAAUAUCGACCACAAAAAACUGCGAUCCGCCCAUAACAGCACCCGUCGUCGUCGUCUCCAAGGGCAAGGUCCCGAAACCCAAACCGGUCGCACUGGCGAGCUACCUUGACGCCCGGGGGGCCAUCGUCGACGACCAAGAAUGCAAGUAG